AGAUGCAGCAGCAGGAGUUAGCUCAGAUGCGACAACGAGACGCCAACCUCACGGCCCUCGCCGCCAUCGGACCACGCAAGAAACGCAAGCUGGACUCGCCAGGAGGAGCGUCAGCGGGCACAGAGGUGGCCUCAGGCUCGGGUGUCGGCUCCUCUGCGGCCGCCUCCUCCCGCCAGCAGCUCCGUCAGCGAAUCACGCGAGUUAACCUCAGGGACUUCAUUUUUUGUCUAGAGCAGGACCGCAGCACGGCUCGCUCGCUGAUGCUCUACAAGGCGCUGCUGAAAUGACUCAACAACGGAUCACAGACUGAUAACACGUCAGCUCCUCACGGUGUCCUUGCGUCCUCUGAGGUGUUUCUCUCUCAUCUUUCGGCGCUGCAGUACAUCUGUACCCUACUUCCUGGUCAUGUCUCUUUUUUAAUGGCAGGUGUUAGUUUCACAUUUCAGUUCUGUGUUGGUUCAAUAUUUCACCGAAGUAAUGACCGCGUCAAACCAGAACAUCUGAACUAAUCCGCGUGCCUUCAUUAAGUCCUAUUAACUCCUGUUCUGAGGUCAGAGGAUGCAGUGAAUCGUCACCAUGCCUCACUGUGUUUACGCCGCAGAUCAACAAACGGAGGCUGACGACGGUUUUAACGGAUGUGACCUGAACACAGCAGCUGAAUGAAAUGCUGCAGCUCGAUCGAUCGAUAUGUGAAACAUCAGAAAUGUCUGGUAUCAAACUGAAAACAUGAAUGAAUGAAGAGGUGCAGCUCUGAUUGGAUGAGGCCUCGCAGACUCUGUCAGGACGACUUGUUAUUGGUCAACGCUGAAUAUGCAGAGGUCAAAGUUUGCAAGGACGAACCUGACGUGAUCAGUUCUGGUGUGAUCAGGUCUUUAGACCAGUUUUUUUAAACUUUUUUUAUUCCUCGUCUCCACAUCUUCUUCCUGCUCCCUACAUUACCCACAGUGCACCUGGUCUGUUAGUGGCAGCUGACGCAUCCUGGGGGGGGGGGGUCUCAGAUGGUUCUUCCCUCUGAUUGGUACAAACUGGUUCAGUGAACGCAGCCUCUUCACACCUGGAAACACAGAGGAGGAAAACACCUGGAGCUGAACAUGUGACUAGGUCCCGAUGUGAUGUCACAGUGAUGUCAUAAUUCCAUCACUUAACACAUGGACCAACGUUUCAGAUCCUCUGUGGUCAUUCUGAACGCCGCGCUGCUCGAUCAUUUUGUUUUUAACCUUUUCAGAUGAUGGUCGGUCACAUGUUCACUGGUAAACUGGUGACGCGCCGUCGCACCAACAGUUGUUUUAAUGUUUGUGUGGAUACUCGACGUUAAAGGGACAGUUCAACAUUAUUUUGUCUUCACAUCUCUGCAGAACAAAUGUUUCUUAAACUGUUUCCUGUCUCCAGUCUUUAUGCUAAGCUAAGCUUGCUGUCUCUUGUCACAGUUAGCUUGCUGUUUGCUCACAGUUCCAUACUGUGCUAAGAUAAGCUAGCUGUUUACUUUUGUUUCCAGACUUAAUCCUAAACUAGCUAGCUGUCUCUUGUCUUUAUGUUAGCUAGCUGUUUGCUCACAGUUCGACACUGUGCUAAGAUAAGCUAGCUGUUUACUCUUGUUUCCAGACUUAAUGAUAAGCUAGCUAUUUCCUCCCCGAGCUUCAUGUUAGGACAUGAACGUGAACAUGUCUUGAAGAAACAGGAAGUUGACGUAAAUGUUGAACUGUUCGUUUAAGUCGAUUGAUUGACAGUGUUGGUCACAGGAAGUGUGUUCUUGUCCGAACAGGAAACAGACUCAGGCUGCGUUCAGGAAGAUGAAGAGCAACAGACUUCACUUCCAACGUUCUUCCUCCUCCUCUUCCUCACGUGUGAUACAUUUUUUUAUCUCAUCUCUGUUUUAACCACGUGGUGACAUGGUUCAUCAGUGUAACCAUAGAAACAGACCCACAGUUCAGUGAGGCGUUGAAUGAAUCAUGUGACAUGUAGUGAACCAAUCAGAGCUCCAGGUGGUGUGUUGAUAAGUCUCCAUCUGACGUCAGCGUGGACACAAUGUGACGUUCAAACGACGUGGACACUCGGCAGGAACGCGACACGUCAACCCCGAACUGUUGAUGAAUUUGUAGCUGACGAUGCAGUUUGUUAAUAAAGUUUUGAAGGGGGCGUGUCCAUGGAAGGUUUUUAACGCUUUAAAUGUCUUUUGGUUUCUUUGGUUUGUGUCGUGAAUUGUUGAAACUGAAGCUGUGUGUUCUGUAAGUCACUGUCGUCACGGCAACACACUCCUGGAAGGAGAAUUUUUGUGAGUAUUUAUAUUUCCUACAUUCUGUACUCGAUCCUGACGCAUUUCAGGAAAUGCAAUUUUACAGUCAUUUGUACCUUUGCAAAAAAAAUGAAAUAAAGAAAAUUAAGAGGAA